AAGCUCGCGCCUCGCCCUACGUCAGGGUUUGAUUCCACAGAAGGCACCCUGGAGUGCCUGUAAGGUUAACGAUCGGGAGGUUUAGACAUUUCACUCCUCGCCGACACCUCCAAACUUUCAUCACCCGUUCCCAUCUCUGCAUCAGUCGCCAAACUUGCAAGCAAACCACUACUGCCAGAUUCUCAAACAUGUCCGACGAUCAGAACAAAGGCGACCGACCGUCUGGUGUUGAGCAGACCACCGGCACAAAACAGGAGCUUCAGCAAAACCUUGAGAAGCAUCUGCACAAACGACCUGAUGCGCAGGACCUGAAGGACCGCCACAUUCUACAUGACACCACGGCCGCAUCGACCUUGCAAGCCCGACAGGCGGAGCUAGAGAGGCAGAUGAUCACCGACAACUUGAAGAAGGGUCUGUCGAAGCGACCUGAACGUGGGCAGCUCAUUGAGCGAAACAUUCUUCCGGAUUCCAGCGUCGCACCCGCAAUCAUCGGACAACAGAAAGAGCUGGAGAAGAGCAUGAAAGCGGAUCAGCUGGACAAAGCACUGCAACAGCGACCUGAGAAGGAGACGUUGAUCAAAGGAGGAAUCUUGAAGGAUCAGGAAUAGAGAGUCCUUCACUUUGUGCGCUUGUUUUACAAGCGUCCUUGACAAAUGCGAUGAAAGCCAAAGCUGUGUAAAUGGUACACGAGUCGACGAAACGUCUUUGUAUAGUUUCAAUGGAAUUUGUACUGGUGGAGCAACGUGCCACCGCGUACGAGAGACGGCCAAGUCUUCGUUUCGUCGUAACAAUUAUUGCGUCGGGGCGAUAGAGAAGUGGUCAUGCCGUUUACUCGGAUUGGAUCUCACGUACUGCGAGGAUCCCGGCAGCCAUCGGAAGCUGGUGUGGCCGCGCGAUCAUUGCUACAUGCAAGCCAGGCGACGGCAGACUACCCGAUUAAUGACAGGUGACUCGAGGUUUACGCUUGACAGCUUGGUGACAUGCAAUGCCAAAUUUUGGCGCAGGUUCACGUGAGGAGGC